AUGCAAAGAUUUACUUUUCUUGCCCGAUCAUCUUCCAAGACGGCAAAUACUAGACUUUCUUCUCUUUCUCGCCAAUUUUCAGCGACCACUUUCAAUAUGGCGCCAAUUCCUAAGGAGUGUGACUUUUUGGUCAUUGGUGGUGGUAGUGGCGGUUUGGCUACAGCCAGAAAAGCCAGUGGUGUUUAUGGUGUAAAGACUAUUGCUGUGGAGAGUAAGAGACUUGGUGGUACUUGUGUUAAUGUUGGCUGUGUACCAAAGAAAGUUACAUUCAACGCCGCCGCAAUCGCAGAAGCCAUCCACGAGUCCAAAGCCUACGGAUUCUCGGUCGAGACCACCGCACCAUUCAAUUGGUCAUAUUUCAAGAACAAGAGAGAUGCAUACAUCAAGAGAUUGAAUGGCAUUUACGAGAGAAAUCUUGGCAAUGAUAAAGUCGAAUAUAUUCACGGCUACGCAUCUUUGACUGGAAAGAAUGAAGCAGAAGUUACAUUGGACGAUGGCACGAAGCAAAUAAUCAAGGCCAAAAAGAUCCUUUUGGCAGUUGGAGGCCGUCCUACUGUUCCUAAGGGUAUUCCUGGUGCGGAGUACGGUGUUGACAGUGAUGGAUUUUUCGAUAUUGAGAGACAACCCAAGAAGGUCGCUUUGGUUGGCGCUGGAUAUAUUGCAGUUGAGUUUGCAGGCAUGUUCAAUGCUCUUGGAACGGAAACACAUUUGUUCAUCCGUCAUGACAAGUUUCUCCGAAACUUCGAUCCUAUGGUUCAAGAAGCCAUCACAAAUGAAUAUGAACGUUUGGGCGUUAAAUUGCACAAAAACUCUACUCAAAGCAAAAUAGAAAAAGAUGAGAAGACUGGUAAACUUACCAUCCACUACGAGGAUUCCAACGGAAAGGGUGUUCUCGAAGAUGUGGAUGAUUUGAUCUGGGGUAUUGGAAGAUCUCCGGAAGUUGAGAGGCUCGGCUUGGACAAAGCAGGCGUCAAACAAAACGAGAGAGGUCAAAUCAUCGCUGACGAAUAUCAAAACACCAAUGUCGAAAACAUCUUCUCUCUAGGUGAUGUCGUCGGCAAGGUUGAAUUAACCCCUGUAGCCAUUGCCGCUGGUCGCAAACUCGCCGAUCGUCUAUUUGGAGGUCCUCAAUUUAAGGACUCAAAACUCGACUACGAUAACGUUCCUUCCGUCGUUUUUGCCCAUCCAGAAGUCGGUUCUAUCGGUCUUACCGAACCGGAAGCUAUUGAACGCUAUGGAAAGGAGAAUAUUAAAUGCUACAGUACUAGUUUCACAGCAAUGUAUUACGCGAUGAUGGAACCAGAAGAUAAGGCUCCAACUAAGUAUAAGUUAGUCUGUAAACUACCUGAGGAGAAGGUUGUUGGUCUUCAUAUCUUGGGAUUGGGUAGUGGUGAGAUGUUGCAAGGCUUUGGAGUGGCUGUCAAGAUGGGAGCUACAAAGAAGGAUUUCGAUAGCUGUGUGGCUAUUCAUCCUACUAGUGCCGAGGAGUUGGUUACAAUGAAGUAG